UGAAAAUUUACGAAAUUUCCUGGAAAGUUUUCAAAAAAUAGUAAAUCAUGACGUUUCAACGGUUGCAGGUUCUUCGCGGAAUACUGAGGGAGUUGCGAUUUUUAUUGCCAAUUAAGGAACCAGUUACUUCAAGUUUGGAAGGCCAGUAUCUGAUAACAGAAUUUCAUAAUCAUUCCCAGGCUGGAGAAACUUUAGCACACAAGCUGUACUCUGAUUGUGUUUAUUAUCUUUGUUUGCUUAGAAGUCAAAGAAUGGCUCAGAUGCUUCAGGAAAAGUACAAGGGGGUGGGCGAGAGGCCAGUGGAAGAAGUGGCUAGCUUAGUGGGUUUUAAGCUUCCAAAGCAAUAUCAAGAAACUUCAAAUAAUUCAAAUGAAAAUUGAUUUUAUUGGUUUGCACAUGGCAAGGAUUCAAAACAAAAAAGUGCUGGUUUGAUAGGAGUGCAGACCACAUACACACUGGUGCUGUACAGGUAAGAGUGGAGAUGGUCUCAAUUUAAGGAAAAGAGGAUUGUCUAUAGCUUGUGGAAGCUGUUGGUGAAAGUAACAAUUCUUUGCAUAAUGAAAAUCACUGUGACACUGCAGCUGAAAAAUUGAAAACAUCUGGGCCAGUUACCAUAAAGAACUCUAACUUCUAUACCACUUGGUGUCCAAACUCUCAAGAGGGUCUGCAUUGUAUAGUACAAGUAUGCUCCAAAAAAUCAAGCAACUUUUGUGUCCCCAAUUGAAAAGUAUAAUUACAUGACAUUAUUAAAGUGGCCUCAUUCUUAGAUAUUUCAAAACUUGUCUCCACUUUUGCUAAAUGUUGGACUUUCCAUGCCAUGUGUGGUAUCUUCCUUGACAAUUCAUAUCCCAUAACACAUUCCCACUCCUUCCUUGCCCAUCCUUUGGUAAUCUGUUUGAACAAUAGGGAGGCACAUAUUACUGUACAUGAUGAAAUGAUCCAUUAUCUGAUAACCUGAGUAGCUGCGGUUUGUGAAAUAAGACAUUGUCUCCCAUUUUUCAAAUUAAGGAUGUCCAUCUUCAAAAAAUUCUCGCCACCUUACAAGACAAUUUUGGAACAGGCAGGUAACCUACAUGUAGCCGUAGUACCCUUCCCCCCCUUCCGUUUCUCCUAGUGGAGAAGGUACAACUACACAUAGGCUAACAGGUAGGCUAGUCUUUGGGAUCUCAAAUGUGGUAUGUAGUAAUUAUCCAAGUAUGCUUCUCUUAUACACCAAGAUAUAUAUCAGUUAGUUCUAGAACACACCUCUCCUUAACCUUUUUUGACUGAUUAAAGUAAUUUAGUGGAAAUUGGCCUCAGAAGUGUAAUCACACAUUAUUUUGAAAUGGUGUAUUUGAGCUUCCAGUCUAAUGGUCUUCAGAAUUUAGGUCCAAAAGUUCCAGUUUUGAAUAAUCAUCCAGAAAUCCUUUGUGAAAUAAAUAUAAACCCCGGAUACUCUUUUUUCCAAAAUAAGAUUUUGGUAACUCUGAGCACUCUCAUUCACACAUAUUUAAGUUGGGUUAGAAGCUUUAUUGUGACUCAAGCUUUCUUAGCAUUACAAAGAGCAUACCUCUGUGUCAUAACAAUAAUUAUUAUAAUUGCAUAUAAGGCACAUUGUAAUCAACCACUGCAAUAAAAAGGAAAUACAUGGA